CCCGACCUCCCACUGCCCCGCUUUUUGGCCGUCGCCGCCGCCGCGCUCAUCGUCGAUUGUUCAUCCGACCCUCUUUCCCCCUCUUUUCCGCUCACCGACCUCGCUUCCCUUUGAUACCCUAGAGCGUCUCUCACGCCCUCGACACCUUCUCUAUAAUCAGCUACGCCCCUGAUUUGAUCAUCAUCAUUCGCCAUGGCCGACGAGCGCUUUGCAGCAGAAGGAGGAGCUGCAGCUGGCCCGUCAUCGCCACCUCACCCUCCCUCCUCCUCAGCAGACGUCUCCUCGACCGAGGUGAGACGUCAGGAGCCGGCACGAUCACCAGCAGCAUAUGGAGGCCAGGUCGGACCCGUCUCCAGCAGUGGUGCAAGCACCUCUGGCGCAGUGACCGCGGCGCCCACUGCUGCUCACAGCGACAACGCCGAACAAGGUGAUGUCAAUCACGCACGCCGUCGCAAGAAACAGAAGCCAGUGGGUCGCGUCAAUCGAGGAGCUGCUGGGCUUAACUCUCUUGGUCUUGACAACGCUCAAGGCUCAGAAAAAGCAGCCAGCGAGCAGGAGCAACGGAGCGAGAGCAACGGCGGCGAUGAGCCCGCCUUCCCUGAAUUCGCGGGCGAUCUGGCUUGGAGCCAGCGCACUUGGCUGUACGAGUUGAUGCCGUUUCGUGGCAUGUGGUACGACGUCAGAAGGAGGCUGCCGUACUAUGGAAGUGACUGGACGGAGGCCUUCCACCCGAGGAACUGGUGGACGGUUGCACAGGCCGUUGUCCGGAUCUACUUUAUCAACCUGAUGCCCGCCAUCGCCUACGUUCUGGACAUGUACCAUCGCACCAAUGGAGCGUAUGGCGUCAACGAGGUCAUUCUGGCCUCUGCGCUCGCUGCCAUCGUCUUUCCCAUCUUCUCGGUGCAACCAUUGACCUUUGUGGGGGUCACUGGUCUGAUCAAUCUGGUCAACUACACUCAAUACGACAUUGUAGUCGAGUACUACGGACUCAGUCAGAUGGAUUACCUGCGCGUUCAGGCCUGGUCCCUCAUCUGGGCCGCCGGGUUCCACUUCAUCGCCGCCAUUUUCAACCUCUGCGACUUCUCCCGCUUCAUUACUGACAUGACGUCGACGACAUUCGGCUUCUACGUCGGCAUCGUAUACAUCCAAAAGGGCAUCGAGCUCCUCAUCCUCGAGUACGAGCCUGCCCCUCUGGACAACGCCACUGGCUGGCUAUCCGUGACCAUCGCGUCGCUCUUCGUCGUAUCCGUCUACCUCGUCUCGGCCAUCGGUCGCACCUCCUACCUACCCUACCGCGCUCGCACAUUCAUUGCAUCCUUCGCCUUUGCGGCAGGCUGCAUCUUCUGGACGGGCUUCUCCCACUUCCCCAAGAACUCUUUGGAGCGAGUCCCGAUUGAGAGGCUGCCCAUCACGCGCUCCUUCUUCCCGACUAUGGACCGCUCCUGGUUCAUCGAUUUCUGGAACAUCGAAGCCAAGUGGGCUUUCGUUGGGGCUCCCCUGGGAUUCCUCAUUACCUUGCUCUUCUGGUUCGACCACAACGUCUCCAGCAUCAUGGCUCAGGCGCGACAGUUCCCCGUCAAGCGCCCUGCUGGCUUUCACUGGGACUUCUUCCUGCUCGGUAUCACGACGCUGGUGUCUGGCUUCCUCGGCCUGCCAGCUCCCAACGGGCUCGUUCCUCAGUGCCCCUGGCACACCGAGGCGCUCUCCGUCUUCAAGCAGGUCAAGCUGCCAAAGGAAGAUGAGGACGAGGAGAGCAAGGGCGAGGGCAAGAACAAGUCGAAUCGUUACGCAGGCAAGGUACGCAAGCAGCCAUCGGUCCCUGCCCGCGAGCACAUUGUCAACACGCGUGUCGUCGAGCAGCGAGCCUCGCACCUGCUCAUCGGCGGCAUCACCCUCGCCACCAUGACGCGUCCCUUCCUCGUCGCCCUCGGUACGAUGCCUCGCGCCGUCUUUGCUGGCAUCUUCCUCCUCGUCGGCUGGGGGUCCAUCGAGGGCAACAUCAUCACGACGCGCACCCUCGCCGUCUUCCGCGAUCGAGCUUUGGCUCCCGCCGACGACCCGCUCAACCAAAUCCGCCGUUCCAAGAUCGCCCUCUUUGUCGCGAUCCAAUGGUUCUUCUUCGCCAUCACCUUUGCCAUCUCUCAGACCAUCGCGGGCAUUGGCUUCCCUGUUCUCAUCACCCUGCUUAUCCCCUUCCGCUACUGGGUUGUGCCCAAGUGGUUUAGCCCGCUUGAGCUGCGCGUUCUCGAUGCGCCCACGGCCGACGCAAACGUCGUGAUGGCUUCCAUCGGACACGAAAGCGAGCGAUGCACAGGCCAAGGCGUCAAAAUUGCUGAGGACACCAAGAUCGCUGGCACCGAAUACUACGACGAUGAGAACAGCUACAGCGACAGCGACAGCGAAGACGAUGAUGCCAUUCAGCCUUACAGCAUCGGUGCUGAGGACGAGCAACGCCAGCGAGCAGAGCGCGCCUCUUCGCCGCCGACGAAGAAGGCUGCCCCCCGCGCGUCGCCCCCGAAUCAGCAUCGUCGCCAAAGCUCUGUUCCCGCGGUACAGGAGUCUCCCUUUGGCGCGACGCACACCAUGACUUUCCUCGACGGCCCCGCAGUUGCCUUCCUCAACGCGCCUGCCGAGGGCCAGACGAAGCACAAACGCCGAAGCAUCAUCAGCCGCAUCCUGGGCCGAUCUAACGAUGCCGGCCAAGCUUCGCACACGGCUACCGGGACAUCCUCAACCUCCUCCGCCGUUGCCGCAGACAUGCCUGCUGUUCCCAAAUCCAAAGCCGACUCGAACCUCAUCUCUGGCCACCCAGCUGCACGCGACACUGCUGAGUAUGCCAAGGAGCAGGAAGAGCUUGCCCACCCAAAGCCUUCGACUAUUUCCCUAUCCGGAGCCCCGGCUGCUCGGGAGGUGUCUGAGCACACUUCACCCUCGAGCGCUGACCCGGUAAAGGACAAGUCGGAUGCCACAGUGCCUAGUCAAGCUGCUGCACCCGCCGCGGCAGCUGCAACUAAGAGCUCCACGGCUGCAAAACCUGAGGAGUCGGCCGUCCCCGCAGGCGCUUUGGCUACUGGAGGAGCCGCUGCUGGCGGUGCCGGAAUCGCCGCUGCGGCGCUCAAGCAGUCCAAAACGGACGAGGGCCCUGCCGCCGCACCUGCCGCCGCACCUGCUCCGACCAGCGCUGCGCAGAGUGGUUCCACAACGAAAGAAGCUGCUCAGCCUACCGCAGCAAAGGACGUCGCUCAGCCUGCUCCGGCUCUCCCUAGCGUCGCUGCAGCUUCGACUGCCUCACAGCCAGCCGCCGGCAACACCAACACCGCACAGCCACAGGCCGCCGACCCCGCCGUAACCACUAGCACCAGCGCCAAUGACGGUAAGACGACCGCGGAGAUCGCCGCAGCAGCUGGUGUAGCAGGUGGCACCGCCGCAGCCGGUCUCGCGAUGGCCGCCGGCAAGAAGCAAGCGACCGACGUCGAAAAGGCAGAAGCUCAGCGUCAAGCCGCAGCAGAGACGCUCGCCAAGGCGGAGGAGCGCAAGAAGGCUCUGGAUGAGGAGAAAAAGAACAAACGAUCCAACUCGGUCCGCGUUAAAGAGGAGAAAGCCCUUGAGAAGAAGCGCGCAGCUGAGGCUAAGAAGCAGCUGAAGGAGGCCGAGAAGCAGAAGAAGGAGGCCGAGAAGGAGAGCAGGCGCCAGGCUGUCCUCGCAGCGCAGAAGAACAAGCGCGAGAAGGAGGAGCAGGACCGCAAGGACGCUGAGGCUGCUAAGCGCAAGAAGAGAGAGGAUGAGGAGGCUGCGAAGAAGAAGAAGAAAGACGAUGAAGAGGCUGCGAAGAAGCGAAAGAAGGAGGAAGCGGCGGCCGCUGCUGCCGCUGCUUCUGCUGCCGCUGCUGCUGAGAAGGCGAAGAAGGACCAAGAGGCCGCCGACAAGAAGAAGCGCGAUGAAGAAGCCAAGAAGCUCAAGGAAGCGACUGCUGCUCGGGAGAAGGAGGAGAAGGCUGCUGCUGACGCUCACAAGGAGGCAGAGAAGGCCAAGAAGGAGGCCGAAGCUGCCACGAAAAAGCAAAAGGAGGACGAGGCUAAAGCGAAGAAGGCUACUGACGCUGCUCACAAGAAGCAGGAAACCGAGGAGAAGCACACCAAGGAGGCCACCGAGAAGCGCAAAGCUGAAGAAGCCGCUGCUGCCGCCGCCGCCGGUGCUACUGCUGCCGCUGUCGCUGAGCUCGAGCGCGAGAAAAAGAAGCGCGAGGAGGCCGAAGAGGCGCGCAAAGCCGCGGAGAAGGCGCAACAUGACGCUGAGGAGCAGAGCAAGCGUGAAGCCGAGGCCAAGGCGAAGCGCGAGGCCGAAGAGAAGAAGGAACAGGAGGCUCAAGCGAAGGCCAAGCAGGAGGCUGAAGCUAAGGCACAGAAGGAAGCCGAUGAGCGGAAGAAGAAGGAAGAGGCCGAGGCCGCCGCCGCCGCUGCUGCUGCUGCCGCCGCUCUCAAGAAGAAGGACGAGGAGGUGGCCGCGGCCAAGGCUCAGCUCGAGGAGGAGCACAAAGCCCGCCUUGCAGCAGAAAAGCAAGCCCAGGAAAAUGCGGCUGCCCUUCAGGCCAAGCUGGACGAGGAGCACAAGGCGCGGGAGGCGGCCGAAAAGAAGGCAAAAGAGGACGCCAAGGCUGCCCAGGCCAAGUUUGAUGAGGAGCACAAAGCUCGCGAGGCAUCCGAAAAGAAGGGCAAAGCUGAAGCUGCCGCUGCUGCCGCUGCCCUCGAGAAGGAGCACAAGGCUCGAGAGAAGGCCGAGAAAAAGGCGGAGGAUGACGCUGCUAAGGCUAAGGCGAAGCUCGAUAAGGAGCACAAGGCUCGUGAAGAGGCAGAGAAGAAGGCCAAGGACGAUGCGAAAGCAGCUAAGAGCAAGCUCGACGAUGAGCACAAGGCCCGUGAGGACGGCGAGAAGAAGUCCAAGGCCGAAGCUGCCGCCGCUGCUGCUGCCGCCGCCGCUUCCUUGGAGAAAGAGCACAAGGCCCGCAUCGAUGCUGAGAAGAAGGCAGAAGACGAUGCUAAGGCAGCCAAGGCUUCGCUCGAUGAGGAACACAAGGCUCGCGAGAAGGCUGAAGCUGAGGCCAAGGCGGAGCACCAGAAGCGCCUCGACGCAGAGGAGCAAGCUCGAUCUUCCAAGUCGAUUGGCGGUGAUGACUCUGCCUCUGCCGUAACGAAGCCGACUCGCCAGCAGGAGGAGCACGACGCCGAGCUCGCUGGCCUCGCGGCCACUGCCGCUGCCGUUGUGGGAUCUCACGAGGCCGGCAAGAGCGACUCUUCCGCCUCCGUGGACGCCAAGAAGGCUGACGCUAUGUGGAAGGAUGCUGCCGGUGAAGAGAGCUCCGCUACCCGCGGAGACGCUGUCAAUAGCGGCGCUGCUGCUCCUGCCACAGCCGCUGCUAUGCAGAAGACGCCCUCCAAAGACAAGGACAAGGACAAAGACUCGCACAGCGGUACAGGCUUUUUGAAGCGCAUUUUCACUACCCGUCGCGCCUCGACCAAGUCAGCCCACGAAGACGCUGCUGCGCACUCUUCCGCCAAAGACAAGGAAGCGGCGCCUGCCCUGCCUACCAAGCAAACCAGCAAGGCCGAGCGAAAGCCAUCCGUCUCAAAGAAGGACAUCUCUGCUCCCAUCACUCAGGAGAGCAUCGCCGCCCCUGCUGACAAGGACGCUAGCACGAAGGAGCGACCUGCUUCUUUCGUCAAGACAGGUGGCCGCAAGCUUUUCGCGAAUGAGCCGUCGCUGAUUUCCAGGCAGUCUUCCACAUCGGUCAAGUCUUCGCCUAAGGACAAGGGCAAGGGCAAGGCAAAGGAGGAGGCGUCCGUCGCCGCUGUUGCCGCCUCUGCAAAGACGUCCGAAGAUGACAAGGAGGUCCCCUCGGCCGCUGCCGCUGCCACGCCCGCAGCUCAGGAGACGCCUGCCGGUGCCGCUUCUCCCAAGAAGAGCGCCUCCACCGCUCCCGCGCCGGCCCCCGCAGUUGACCUCGAGCAGUCCUCGAAGCCCACGCGCAACACCUCGACCAAGUCUGCUGUCAAGCGAUCGAGCAGUAGCAGCAAGAAGCCCACCAGCAGCGGCGGCGAGUCCGACGUGCCCACACCGGCCAAGCGUCCCGCCGACCUGUCCAAGCAGUCGCGCUUCAGCUCUAUCUUCACUUCUGGGCUCGGUCUCUCCACCGGAGGAUACGCUGCUCAUCAGAAGAAGGGCGACAGCCCGAAGGAGUCGGCUUCCGGUUCCAAGGAGGCUGACAAGUCGUCUUCCUCCCCCGCUGCGGCUUCACCUGUGCAGUCCGCCGCGUCUCCCCGCAAGUCGACUCAGAGCCAGCGUCGCAGCCGUGAUGUAGCCACGGGCUCAGCGGCAGCGCCCACUUCCUCCUCGGCAUCCCCGCCCGCCUCGUCUGCUGGUGGCGCAACUAAAAAGGAGCGAGAGAAGAAGUCCGCCGAUGACGGGCUGACGCGUGAGAUUGAGGAAGACGGCAAGAAGUUUAUCGAGCACAUCAAUCCGCGAUUUGCCAACCUCGCCAAGGAGCAAGCUGCGACCUCGUCAAAGGGGAAGAAGGGAAAAAAGACCGGAAGUGGAACGCCUGCUAAGACUGCGGCUGCUGUUCAGUGGCGCUCCUAGUUGACUGGGAAUCAAAAGGAAGGCAUGGAGAUUGUCUCGCUCUGGAAUACCACACACUAUCUUUCAAUCAUGGUCUUGCGAGGGGGAGCC